UCGUCAGACCUUCGUGCCCUGUUUGUUGUUAUUACAUCGGUAACGAAAGCCUCGCGCAGUAAUUCAGAGGUUCAGUGACACCUCUUCUUUUUUCUCAAUCACUGUUGUGUCCCCAAGCAACGUGCGCUCUGAUUUCAGUAUUCAAAUCAAGACAUAUUCCUCUGUGUAUUGUAAAUAGCUGUCCCUUUGUUCUAAGUGGUGAGAUCAGCUUGAUGUGCGUGUUAUUUUCAGAUGUCCUUGGGUAGAAGCGGUGUGUGCUACCUGUUUCUGACAACGUGUUCCAAAAGUUUAAUAUUCCACGCAUCGCGCAGGGCCAAUUGCGCAUGCCGCAAGGUUCUUUUGUACCGAAGUCACUGAUGCGUUUGUUGUUGUUUAGCCUUGUCGAAAAUUCCUAGACACCAGGUAACUGGUAGAACAAGCCGGUAGAGUUCACACAGGGAUCCGCGGCAGUUACACGCUGACAUACCGUCCUUUCUCUCGGGCGCUGCUAUGGAGAAUAAGUCCAUGUACGAUGUGUUGAGAAGAUAAUUCUGAGUUGGGAAGUUGUGCUGGUGUCAGCUGCGGUGUUACAGGAGGGACCAUGCCUCGGUCAGCCCCGCCGGCCGGCCGGACCGGCCACAGAAGAGCAGCAGCAUGGGAGGGCUGCGAUGAUGACAUAAUUCUGGAGGUUCCGCGGACACAGUCGGCCAUGUCUUCGGACGGGCGGACGAACUGGGCCCUGCGCAGUAGGAAAUCAGAUGCAAACAAGGAAAUUGAAGAAUGGAUAUCUGACGUGAAGAGAGAGAAGAGCACAGUACGCACGUCGGCACAGCCGGCAGAGAACUACACGGAACAGCGGAUGUUAGAGUCCAAGUUGUACGACUUGUCUAAGGAAAGGUACAAGUUUCUGUCCCAAGCGAACUACCAGCGGAAAGCGUUCCUGGACAGGCAGCACCGGAAGACAAGCGUCAUGAAGGACUUGAUGCGGAAGGUGGACAGCAGCGCGUCUCACCCCCCUCUGCAACGGCAGAACAGCCGACUCAGCAACAGCCUCGGCGACACUAGUACUGACGUCAUGUCACGUAAGGCCAGCUCCAUCGUACCUGCUGCUACCGAGACAACAGCGCCCCCACCGCUUCCGACGAGAACUUCACGGGAGGACCUGUUGAGCUCUUUAGUGCAGACCACGCAGGCCUGGCAGCCCACGGCAGACCGGCGCUUCUCCAAGCUUGCUGAUGCCCUAUCUCCCACCUACGAGACGAACAAACAGGUAAACGUCGACCACAUCCUCAAGAGAUACCCUGACCGCAUGUCUGCUGCUGGUUCAACGGCGACGCAGUCAACAAGAAGGCACGCAUUUGGAAGGCCGCAAGGAAGGAAUAUCGUCAUAUGAAUUUGUCUACGAAAACCUUAUAUGUAACUUUACAUGUAUAAUUUUCAUCACAAGAUAUCGAAACAUGCCGUAAUAUCUGUUUAUGAAGGUUAGACAUCCAGGUAAAAAAUUUUCAAAUACAAUUCAAUCUCUACAACUGGAUAGAUAAAUCGGCCAGUUCACUCUAUAGUGAUACUGAAGAAGAGAGAUGGAGGUCACUCGAAACGUCCGGGAGUAAAUUUCUGUUUUAAAUCCAGUUGUGGAGAUUGCAUUGUAUCUGAAGACCGUACUUUCUAGUGUGAUUUUGAUCUCUAGCCCCAGUUGCUCCUUUUGGAUUGCAAUAUGCUUGUGGAACAACCAUAUCUUAAAUUAUAGGUAGGAUUUGUCUAAUUUAGAUGAUAGGGAGUAUUCCGAUAUAGUUUUUUUAGCGUCCUGCUGGUCAGACAAGGCCUCAAGGAAAGGGGGACAGAAAAAGGGUUAGAUCUUGUUGAAAGCACCACCUAGCGAAUUGUUUGAGAAUGACAAGGCCUGUGGCAAGGCAUGCGCAAUGUUGCUGAUUUCGUAGUUACAUAUCAAGUGGUGAGAAAAGUGUGAGCUAAACUGUAAUUUCCCUUCCUCGAAUAUUAAUAGGGUGCGUUAUGCGUUUUGAUGCUGUUAUAGAGCUUAGCUUUAAUUAGGUAAGCACAAUACGUUUUAUGUUAAGCCAUAAACUUAUCAAUAAAAUGUAAUCAUUUCGUGCAUGACUAAAAUGGGUGAGAAAAGUCCAGAUGUCACUUUUAGGUCACUUGGUGUUUUCAAAGAAAAUGGACCGUCCUUUACAAAUGUCAGCAGUCAACCUGGACUUGACCCAGAGUUGUACAUUGUAUGGUUAGUUGGUUGGCAAGAUUGUUAACGUUAUAACAAUAUUUUCAUCGAAACAAGAUCGCCAGUGUUAUACCCUGGAAGUAACACCGUCCAUUGAAUUCUUAGUUGUAAUGCUGGUAUUUUCCUAGAAAAAUCAACGGCAGUUUUGUUAUUAAGCCGUAGAUAAGCUGGUGUUUUCUUUUUCAGAAAUGAUAAGUUUAAGACCGUCCAUUGUAUGCAUUACCAUAGGUUACCAUGAUAUGACCAUUCAUUUUGCACACAUAUUCCAGUCGAAAAUACAUCAACAGUAUAAAACUUGCUUAAGCCAUAAAGGCCUAUAGCUAGGCCUGGGACUCAAUUAAGAUUCUACUUACUUCACCGUCCAUGUUCCGUCCGAGACAAGACCCGUCCAUGACAUUUUUGCCAAGUUUCGCUACUAAGCCGUCCUUUAAACUUACUAAUUGUAAGACAUAUAUGUACAUGUGUAGCUUUAUGUACACUUCUAAAUGUUGGAAACAGAAAUAAAACCGUCCUUUAAACUUA